UUUAGGGUCAUGAUGGGUCCUACAGACCCUGACCAAGCUAAGGCUACGUCCCCAAACUCUCUGAGGGCCCGCUUUGCCUCUGACAUCCUUCACAACUCAGUCCAUGGAUCCUCCAGUGAGACGCAAGCAGAAGAGGAGAUACGACUUGUCUUUGGUGACAUCAGCUCAGACACAGAGCUCACCAGUGGUGGAGAGACUGACACCACCCUUUUAGGUGACACACAUAGUUCAAAUCCUGGCAGCCCACAGACCGGAGGAGGUGACGAUCCAGAGCUCUCAAACUAAAUCAAGUCCCAC